AUGAAACUUUUGCUAGUGCUGUUUGCCGUGGUACUUCUUUCUAGUUGCCUCGAGGCUAUCCGGUGCUUCCCAAAACGAUGUCCUAGAAAUGAAGUGUUCUCGUGCUGUGCAGACUGUCCGCAAAAGUACUGCGUUCAACAGGAUAUCAAUUGCCCUGCUGUUUGCAGACCAGGAUGUGUCUGUCGAACUGGGUUUGUUAGGAGUAACGAAUUCGGUAACUGUAUUUCUCCGAAAUUAUGUAGUAGCGGUGUGAAAGGAAUGAAUUGGAUGAUCGUUCUGUUAUUUGCUGCUGCUGCUGGGUGCGGUAUGUGUGCCGCUCAAUCCAGCACCACCGUCAGAACGCCCGGCACGACUAGCACGCCGAAAGGACUAAUUCCUUUGCCUCCGAGAGCUAAAUGUCCCAUAAGCACCUGUGGACGAAAUGAGGUACUGAAAGCAUGUGGAUUAUGUUACGACAACACUUGCUCCGGUAAGACGGUACAGGCGUGCAAGGCGAUCUGCUACUGCGGUUGCUAUUCGUACAGCCGGUUGACUCACUCCGUUGCGCUAAUUGUGCGGUACGCGUUUAUGCUGCUGUUGAUGGACGCACGGCAAUACGUCGAUGAUCCUGACCUACCGCGGUACGGUUCCUUCGCGGUGGCUGGACAAUCUUUGAUCCGAUCCGUCGAGCAUCUUGCGGAGUGCCGAAUCGCCGAGAACGGCUGA